AUGUUCAUUUCGCUGCAAUCGCCUCCGGUAGCCCAGGGCUUUUCUGCCCAGACUCCCGGGCAUGAUUGGGCGUCCAUCCAGCUCGCGCUGGAAUAUACCCUGGCCUGGGUUACCGCGGUCGAAAAUGAGGACUUCUGCCAGUGCAAUUAUCCGAGGCCUGGAGACCCAGAAGUGCUCGAUGACCUUGGAAUGUGCAUCGGAGACAUGUGUCUGGAUGAGCCAGUUGGUGAUAAUGGCGAGUUCGUGGGUGAAAUGGACUUCAAGCAACAGGAUUUGAGUCCUGGUGCUGACACUGCUCUUGUUGAUGACCCCGCCGCCCCCGCCAUCGCUGCUGCCCCCGCCAUUAUCCCUGCUCCCGUCACUGCUGCUGCUCCGGCUGCACUGGCCGUUGUUGGUCCAGUUGUCACAGGUCCCGGGCCUAUUGCGCAGGCCCCUGCUGGCCCUGCCGCUGGUGCUCCUGCUAUUGCUGCCAUCGCUGCAGUCCCUCCUGCAGGUCCAGGAGGUUUUGAGAUCCCCCCCAGCUUUGCCGCAGCACUGGGCAUUGAGCUCCCACGUCCUGCUCAGCCUAACGACCACGCUCCAUUUUACUGCGUGACACAUGGAUGCGUUGUGGGCGUCUUCAAUGACUGGGAUGUACAAAUGUAA